CUCAGCCUUUCUUGUGUUCCAUCGUCCCUAACUAUCUCCAUUUCUCGGCGUCACUCUGGAAGGCUCAGUGGCUCGAAAAUUAUCCCACGUGAUAAUACGUUACACAUCAUGAUGUCAAUUUUUAUUGGACCGUGCUGUUGUUGUCUCGUUUGUAGCUCUCGCCCCGUUGUGCGUGAAUAGAGGCUCACGAUGCGGGGUAUGGUCAUCUCCGAUAGCUUAGGUAGAACAUGUGUAGUGAGAGCUGACAGCCUGCUCGCGAUCUCUAGACUGAGCAGCAACAAAAUCUUCUUCAAUAUACUCACCACAACUCCUCCAUGCCGAUUCUUGCUGAAAGACCUCGACACACGAAGCAGACGUAUCUCCAAAAUGGGAGCUCGAGGCUUGAUAUCAAACAUGGACGAAAAGAAGUUGGAAGUAAUCAAGAGCCAUACGCUCAUAUCACCAUCACGCUCAUACCCGACGCUGCAACGCCUCAAUCACGCCGCUUAUCCAAGACAAAAGAGGUGCGUUGCCCUCAAGGCUGAUAAUUCCUCUCAAGUCUACCUGCAACAAGCAAUCUGUCCAAAUCAUCAACCAGCCUCAAAACACAAGAUGGAAAAGCGCAUCACACGAGAUGUAGAAGGAUCUCAUUCCGGGCUAGCGAUUAUCGACUUACCACCUGAGUUACAUCUUAUCAUCCUCGAUUUUCUCGACAUCGUUGACGGCACCUGUUUUGGUUUGGCAAGCCGCUACUUUUAUGCCCUCCACCGGCGGCGCCACGGCCGAGUCCAUCUCGACGCGGGACGUCCGGGACCCAACGGCCAAGAAUGGGCAUGGCGAUUAGCAUUCCCAUUGUCAAGAUUCAAGCCCAUCAACAUAGCGAUGACGACCAUCGCUGAAUCACAGGACGAGACUACAUGUACGCUUACAUACGAGCAUCCGAUCUCCCAACCGCAACCGAACCCACAGCCGCACUUUUCGUGCGAAAAGUGUGGACGAGAACUCUGCGAGUUACAGAGACACCUCCGAAAAUGGUUCCCUCAAGACCAUGAAUACUGCCGCAUCUCUGGCAAAUAUGUGAGAGCAGAUAGUUGUCGUGAGAAACAAGUUUUCUUCUGUCACAGGCGCUCACCCAAAAACCACGCCUUGUGUGGGAAACAUCACCCACGAUGAUACAUUGCUGGAGAAACCGGCCGAGAAGCCAUAGGGAUUGAUGUUACGGUGGUCAAUAAAUGCCCAGUCAUUGAGAAGGAAGAGGUGACCUUUGCUCAAGAGGCAUAGGAGAUGAACACCUGGGGUUGCACACCAUCUUGUCGUAGAAGGAGU